AUGUUGAUGCUGACUGAAUCAACUCUUUUUUUUCUUAACUUGACCUCAAAAUUCAGGACCAACCCCAAGUUUUCAUUGACAGGGCACAUUAAUGGUUGGGUUUCUGAUAUUUCACCGGACGCAACCGAACUAUCCAAGACUUCCAGCGCUUCUAAGUCUCAUACCACUGCCUCAGCUUUGUCAUUGGCGCAUGGGCCACCAAGCAGUGCUUUAUCCAGUUCCCGCGCUACAUCAGUUUUGAGCGUAACUACCAAGUCCUCCAAAUUUAAGGCCCCCCCUGCUCCAGCUAAUGCAUCUGACACUCCCGAGGCUCUUGUUGGCGGCUUUGAUGACGAGUUGGAUGAUUCUCAAGAACAUUUGGAUGCUUUCAUUCAAAAGACAAAGGGGAAGCAGUCUUCAGUUAAGCCAAUUAUAUACAUUACCUUAGAUGCAAUGCCUGAGGAUGCAUUGUCUUCAACAGAGGACUUACAGGAUAGUGAGAUCGACACACCGAUGGACCCGGAGGAUGCAUUGGUGGACCCGGAGGACAACUUGUUUGAGGGCAAAGAUGCCAGGAUGUCCAAGGUGGUGGACAGUGAUGGCAGCCUUAGUGACGGAAUCUUGUUCCAUCAGAGUAAGAAGCGCAAGCUUGCAGAUACCAAAUCCUCCGCCCUCGUCUUGGAGAGUACCCCAUACGAGGACACAUCAGAUGUUGAGGUUAUUGAUGUCCCUUCAGGCCCUGUCACAAUGGCCAAUACAAUGAAGAAGGCUGUGCGUUUGACCUCUUCAACUGCCAUCGUCAUCUUCCAGUCAGCCACCACAAAGAUGCAACCACCUGCAAAGAAGGUGAAAACUGAAGAGGAUGCUGAUGCCAGCACUGCACAACUAAUGCUCACAGCCCCACCUGGCUAUUGGAUUGAGAAGCAAUACAAGUCGUGCUUGAGCUACCGAAACUAUCAUCUCCCUCCUCAUUGCCAAGAUCAGCGGUGGCCGAAGCAGUUCCUCCCAACCCUUUACCUGUGGGCCGGGAAUCAAAAUGACCUCUGGCAAUUCUUAGAUGCUCCUCUGGUCGAGGCACUCCAAUCCAUCUAUGAUGUCGUGUAUUCAGAAGAAUCAGAUCUUGAUUACAAGGUGACCGCUCAAGGGUCUGUCUUUGGUGUUGCCACCCAACGUCUCACAGAGUGGCACAGCAAUUUUGGAUCAACGGGACUGGCUAUUAUGAUGGAUUUUUUCACUAGGAAUGCUGACACUGAUCCAGAAAUGCUUGCUGACGCGCUUCUGGAGGACUUCACUUUCAUUUAUGAGGACAUGGAAAACCUAGACCCGAUGCAAGCCUUCCGGUUUCCAUUCAUGUUGCAGCUCUUCGCAACCGCUCAUCUUCAUGCCAUUCUCGGGCAUGUUGAAGUCCCUGCACUUAAAACAUAUGUGCUGUCCAUCAUCGGGAUGACUGGUGUUAUCAGCAUUUGUGCAGCUUCACUCGAGCGCGCCAUCAAACGUCUUCGUGUCAAUGCCAUUGACAUUGAUGUGGACACCCUAGAUCUGGGUCCUGCACAAAUGAAGCGCAAGCUGCGGACGCCGAAGACCUUCAACAAGGCCACUGGCAAGGAUAGCACUACCAAGAAUGCCUUCUCCAUCAACAACUGGGGAUCAGCAACUGCGUCAUAUGUAGUUGCUAUCAAGGUGAAAGGAGACAACUACAUGAGGACCACAACAUUAACGGCUCGGAAGUUGCUGAAGAAAUUGGGCGGUGUCGGCCUCCAGAAGUACUUUCGCACUGAUGAUGACAACUCAGAGGCCGUUGACAGGCGCGCCAUGCUGUGGUAA